AGCUCAACAUCGCCUUCGCGCAUUAUCACUCCCACAAUCCUUACCCAAUUUCCUUAGCCGAAGCGCGACCCACACUCUCCCCGACCCUCUGGAACCAAUGGGCUCAUUCCAUAGGUGCAUCACCCCUAACCCAUUCAGAGUGAGCCUGCCGUACCGUAGUCUACCGUCGUUCGGUCUGACUGUGGAUCUCGAUGAAAAUGAAAAUAAAAAAUGAAGAAAAGAUAAGAAAAACAUUUGUCACGGUCGCGUUUUUCCUUCCCCUAGCAACCAACCAACCACCCUAACUGUACCCCUACACCCCCCCUGUCGCUAACUGAGUGUGAUGCAACCUGCCUCAACUCAGCGGUAUAAAGGCUACUCCAUCGCCCACAUCUUUCUUUCCCUCUCCUUCCCUCGUCCAUCUGUUCUUCAACCUCACCGCAACACUCACCAACUCACAGCUACAUACCGCCUCUAACGCGUAAUUUCGCUCACCAACGCUUUUUACAAACUUCAAAAAAACUCCCAAACUCAACGUCAAAAAUGUCUUCCGGAGGUAAAGGUGGAAAAGCUGCCAGCGGCAAGCCUUCUCAGAGGUAAGGGAUUCUGCUUUUUGGAUUUCUGAAUCUGAUUUUCAAACUUCACAUGUAUUGUGACUUCACGAUGUUUUUUCGAGUUUGAUUUUUGGAUUCGGAUUUUCAAAUCGAAUUGCAUUUUUAUUUUUAUUUUGUGACUUUGAUUUCUAACUUCAAUCUUGAUAGCCGUUCUUCCAAGGCCGGUCUCGCUUUCCCCGUUGGCCGUGUUCAUCGUCUUUUGAGGAAGGGAAACUAUGCUCAACGGUUGGUCAACUCAUUCCGGCGGGGGUUUUUUUUUUUGGAGCUAUCUUUUUCUUUUUCGUAGGGGGAUUUUGGGGCCUAAUGUUUGAAUCUAGUGUUGGUGCCGGUGCUCCCGUCUAUCUCGCCGCCGUUCUUGAGUAUCUCGCAGCCGAAAUUCUCGAGUUGGCUGGUAACGCUGCCCGUGAUAACAAGAAGACUCGUAUCAUUCCUCGUCAUCUCCAGCUUGCCAUUCGCAAUGAUGAGGAAUUGAACAAGCUUCUUGGUCAUGUUACCAUCGCCCAAGGUGGUGUUCUACCCGUAAGUUUUAUCCUGCUUGCAUAUUGAAUAUGCGUCAAUACUGACUUUGUUCCAGAACAUUCACCAGAACCUUCUCCCAAAGAAGUCUGGAAAGGGGGCCAAGGGGGCAUCUCAGGAGUUGUAAACUUCAAUUUUCGGUUUCAAAUAAAAAUAAUUCCGUGCAAUCAACGCAUUUUGUCUUGUUUCUUUAGGGAUCGGUCCUGGGUGCGUUUUUUUUUGUGCGGAAAUGUGAAAAAGAUCUGGGAAUUAGGGAUGCAGUAGGAAGCGGGGGGGAUACGGGAGAUCGAUUGGUUGAUCGAAUAAAUCUUAUGGGUGGUUAUCGCUGGUGUUUUCUAGUCACUUUUCCCUCUUCCCUUGAUUUCGGAUUGCGAUCACAAAUUCAGACUCGAUAAACUUG